GAGAUUAGAGGCAGCAGUAAUCUGUUUCAGGACCAUGGCCAGAGACAACGUUUGGAUAUGAAUCUUGUCGAAAGUUGCCAACGACUCUCUGUGAACCUUUACGGACACCAAACAGAGUGACGAAGUUUGUUUGGACAGGGUAUCCGGAAAAGUGGGGAAGAACAUGCAUAUUCGACUGGUUUUAUAUAAAGGGACUUGAAGGAGGCUCAGUCAAAUCUCUGGACAGUCUGUCGCUGAUUACGAGUCUCGUUUCACAUGAAAGCGUGAGUUACGAAAGCUGGUGACCCAACCAAAUCGGUUCUUUUAAUGUGAGUAAGAAGCAAGAAGCCGGGAAGCAGAGGAGAAAGGCUGUGCGCUCAGUCGGGAGCGCGCAAAGACUGCACAUUGGUCCGGUCCUGGAGACGUGAGGAUGGAGGUCCGGCCGGACAGGUUUAAGGCCGUGGCAGCCAAAACUCUUGGGAAAAUAUACGGAGCUAUCGAGAAGAAACAGGAAAAUGGCGAGACCAUCGAGCUGUCAGCAGAGGGCCGGCCAGAGCUGGUGGAGGAGAAGGAGAUGCCUGUGGUGGACUGCACGUGCUUCGGUCUGCCCAGGCGCUACAUCAUCGCAAUCCUCUCUGGCAUUGGUUUCUGCAUCUCCUUCGGUAUCCGGUGUAACUUGGGCGUGGCUAUCGUCAGCAUGGUCAACAGCCACACCAUCUUCAAAGACAACAAGGAGGUUAUAGUGAAAGCACAGUUUGACUGGGAUCCUGAAACGGUGGGAAUGAUCCACGGUUCAUUCUUCUGGGGAUACAUUGUAACUCAAAUCCCAGGAGGGUUCAUUUGUCAAAAGUUUGCAGCAAACAGGGUGUUUGGCUUUGCUAUAGUGGCAACAUCUUUCCUGAACAUGCUCAUUCCUACAGCAGCUCGUAUGCACUUUGGCUGCGUUAUCAUUGUCAGGAUCUUUCAAGGACUUGUGGAGGGAGUUUCAUACCCGGCAUGUCAUGGUAUUUGGGCCAAAUGGGCACCACCUCUUGAAAGAAGUCGCCUGGCAACAACAGCCUUUUGUGGUUCUUACGCUGGUGCUGUGAUUGCCAUGCCAUUAGCUGGAAUCCUAGUCCAGUACUCAGGAUGGUCAUCUGUCUUCUAUGUGUAUGGAAGUUUUGGUGUUAUGUGGUAUUGCUUUUGGAUCCUGGUCUCAUAUGAAAGUCCGGCAGCUCACCCCACCAUCACCGAGGAGGAGAAGAAAUACAUUGAGGAAAGCAUUGGCGAGUCAGCCCAAUUUACAGUAACGAAAUUCAACACACCGUGGAGGGCCUUCUUUACCUCCAUGCCAGUGUAUGCCAUCAUUGUAGCCAACUUCUGCCGAAGCUGGACUUUCUACUUGCUCCUCAUCAGCCAGCCUGCUUACUUUGAGGAGGUCUUUGGGUUUGAAAUUAGCAAGGUGGGGAUAUUGUCUGCUCUUCCUCAUCUGGUUAUGACCAUCAUUGUGCCCAUUGGUGGCCAGAUUGCUGACUAUUUGCGAUGCAACCACAUCAUGACCACCACGAAUGUCAGGAAGCUAAUGAACUGUGGAGGGUUUGGGAUGGAGGCUACCUUGCUGCUGGUAGUUGGUUUUUCACACACAAAAGGCAUUGCCAUUACAUUCCUGGUCCUGGCUGUGGGUUUCUCUGGUUUCGCCAUUUCAGGUUUCAAUGUCAACCACCUGGACAUUGCACCGCGGUAUGCUAGUAUCCUCAUGGGUAUCUCCAACGGCGUAGGCACCUUGUCUGGGAUGGUCUGCCCACUUAUAGUCGGUGCCAUGACAAAGCAUAAGACACGAGAAGAGUGGCAGGGCGUGUUUCUUAUUGCCUCACUCGUUCAUUAUGGAGGUGUUAUGUUCUAUGGUAUUUUUGCAUCUGGAGAGAAACAACCUUGGGCAGAGCCAGAGCAGCUGAGUGACGAGAAAUGCGGGAUCCUGGACGAGGACGAGCUUGCAAAUGAGACGGAAGAACUGUAUCGCACAAGCGGUGGAGCGGGCUACGGAGCCACGAACCAGGCAUCGGAUCCCAACGGAGGGGGCAUGGCUGGGGGAGGAGGAGGAGGCUGGGUGUCAGACUGGGACAAAACUGAGGAGUAUGUCCAACCAGCUGGAACCAAUAAUUAUCUUUACGGAGGAGAGGGCGACCGAGAGUUAUAACGUAAAGCCAGCAGACACAGUUUAUCAGCAAUGUGGAAUUUCAUUCAAUGGCAUUAAAAAACUGGUGGGAAUGUGGGAAUGGA